CCGGGUGGUGAGGGUGCCUCCGCUGCUGGGUGUUGCACUAUCUCUGUGCUCCAUCACCACCAGCAGCAGCAGCAUCACUCCCUGCUUGUGGUUGCUAAGGAAACGGCCGCAUGGCAACCGGCUGAGAGCCUGGGGGCCGUGUGUGCUGCCGCAGCUGCCUAGCCUCGCUCAUUCUCCAGCAAGCAGCAGCAGCAGCUCCGUCCUGCACUCCUCCUCCUCCUCCUUGUUUCCUUCCUCCUCCUCGCUCUGCCAGGGAUCCCAGGCUGACAGGGGCAGCCCCAGCAGUGAUGGACAUGAUGAUGUUGGUGCAGGGUGCUGCUUGCUGCUCAAACCAGUGGCUGGCCGCUGUCAUCCUCAGUGUGUGUUGUCUGCUGCCCUCCUGCCUGCCCGCCGGACAGGGCAUGGACUACCCCUGGCCCGCUGUGCCCGUUGUGGACAACCUGGUCGUCAGGCAAGGAGAGACAGCCAUGCUUAGGUGUAUACUGGAGGAUGGAGCAUCUAAAGGAGCCUGGUUGAACCGUUCCAGUAUUAUAUUUGCGGGGAACGACAAGUGGUCAGUGGACCCCAGAGUUUCAAUCUCAGCUUCAAGCAAAAAGGAUUAUAAUCUGCGGAUACAGAAAGUGGAAAUAUCAGACGAUGGAAUGUAUACGUGCUCAGUACAAACCGAACACAGUCCGAGGACAAUGCAAAUUAUUCUUACCGUUCAAGUUUCUCCAAAGAUCUUCGAAAUCUCCCCCAGUAUGAUUGUCAACGAAGGAACAAAUGUAUCGCUUACAUGUUUGGCAUCUGGAAAACCAGAACCAUCCAUAUCAUGGAGACACAUCUCCCCAUCAGAUGGUGGUAUCAGGACUUUGCUCAUCAGCUACUGUGCUGGGUGCGCGUCAGCAGGGUCCCAGAAGGCACAGGGGAACGCCAAUAUACCUGAAAUUGGCUGGGGGACAAUAAGAGGAGCAAGAACAGAGGAGACAGAUUUUGGGGAAAAAGAAAGAGCAUCUAAACCAUUUGGAACCGGGCAGUAUUUGGACAUAUACGGGAUUACGAGAGACCAGGCGGGUGAUUACGAGUGUUUGGCUGAGAACGCAGUGCCCUAUUCUGAUGUCAAGAAAGUAAACGUCGUAGUAAACUUUGCACCCACAAUCCUGGAAAUCACGCCGUCGGGGGUCUCCUUGGGAAAAACUGGAUUAAUCAGAUGUGAAACAGCAGCUGUCCCAGCGCCAACAUUCGAGUGGUACAAGGGCGAAAGAAAACUGACAAACGGACAGAAGGGCAUCCUCAUAAAGAACUACAGCACCAGAUCGAUCCUUCACGUCUCCAACGUAACAGAAGAACAUUUCGGCAACUAUACUUGUGUAGCGGUAAACAAGCUGGGUACCAGCAACGCCAGCCUACCAUUGAACCAAAUAAUUGAACCUUCCACCACUAGUCCUGUCACCAGCUCAGCUCCCAGCACAGCCCAAUACGGCAUUACAGGGCGAGCAGAAAUCCUCUUCUCCUGUUGGUACCUCGUGUUGACGCUCUCUUCUUUCACGAGCAUAAUCUACCUGAAAAACAUCAUUAUACAAUAAACACACAGAAUCAUACAAAAGGCUUUAAAGAUGUCUGUGAAGGUGCUUAUAUUGACCGGAUGCGAUCUGGUGCGGUCUCUUUGAAGCGGCGCUGGAUGUAAAGCAGCCGCGAAUACAUGUGGGGGAUGGCCGGCUUCUUUAGAAAUGUUCAUUUUUUGUAAAUACUUUAAUUCUUAUUUUUUUUUUUUUGUUUUUUUUUUCUGAUUAGCUGCAUUCCCUUGUGACGCAGUACACAUUGUCCCCCUUUUUUUAAGAAAAACAAAAAUGAAAAAGUCUAACUGUAACAGCUCUGAAAUUACUUUUAGAGGCAAUUAGUUGUGACUUCACAUUUGUAAUUUACAACUUUUUGGAAAAAAAAAAAAAAAAAGUUUGACGGCGAUAGGUGUGGGCUGCGGUUUACAAACAUAAAAAAAGAAAAGAAAAGAAACCCCUAAAACUUAAACAGGACCAGAGAAUCAUUGCACAGGAAAAUAAUAUUAUUUAACGUUCUGAGGCUUGCAGUCUCUUGCCUUUUUUUUUUUUUUUGUGCGAAAUAACAUCUUGAACUCAUGCAUAUGAAACAGUUUCCAGUAAAAUAUUGCCUUCAAAAGAUUACAACCGUUUCAUUUAGCUAGAUCAACUGCAAGUUUAAUAUGUUGGUAUCCGCGAUCAGUAUUAUGAAAAAACAUUUUUUUUUUCAAAAGAACAAAAAAAACAAAAACAUUUUCCGUUUAUACUUGUAUGUUUCGCAUGGGUGUGCCUUCAUAAAGUUUUAUUUGUUUCGUUUUUUUUUUUGUUUUUUUUUUUUUUAUUAUUAUUAUUAUUAUUCAGAUGGUUUUUACUAGCUUAAGGGGGUACCGUCUAUAUAUAUAAAAUUGUUGAAAUGUACAGAGAAUAUUUUUAGGAGUUCAUCUCAAGCAGCCACCCAAGUGUGAAAGACUUCUAUGUGUGCUAAUAAAAAUGUCCAUUCCUCUGCCAA